ACAGCAGCAGAAUAAGUGAUCGAGCUGUUUUAGUUCAUGUGUGAACCGAAUUCUCAUUUAAAGACAUUUUUUGGUUCCAUUUAUUCUGUAUUUUUACUUUCGGUUUGUGCGUGACGGCGCAGUUACUGCACAUCCGCUCAGGAUCAAACGAAGUUAACGGCUUUGAUCUGCGCAUGUGAUGUGAUGUAAUUAUACACUGUGACGUCAUACCAGACGUCCAGACCACAGACGUUAGGACUUCUUUGAUCACCUUCAGUCUCACACGGAUUGAUUGUAUUCCCUGUAUCUGCUACAAGACUAGCAAUUAAGAAUGGAGAAAAGCUGGUCUGGUGAGGAGGAUGGGUCCUCCAAAUUAAUGAGGAAAGCAAAAGAAUCCCCUUUUGUGCCAAUAGGCAUGGCCGGAUUUCUUGGAGUUGUGGCGUAUGGAUUAUAUAAGCUGAAAUCUCGAGGUGAAACUAAAAUGUCGGUACAUCUGAUUCACAUGCGUGUUGGGGCGCAGGGCUUUGUGGUUGGUGCCAUGACACUGGGUGUGAUUUACUCUAUGUAUAAGGAGUAUCUCGCUCCCGGCCACCCUGAGGAUAAGUGAGCUGCAGUAAAACAGCAGUGUAAUUUUAAUAAAAAGGUCACAUUUUACUUAUGCACUUAUUUUCUACAUAAAAGCACUUAAACACUCCUGAUAAAUUAUUACCAAACAUUGAGCUAAUAUAUCAUGUAUAAUAUAUAUUUGUUCAGAUGAGUGUAUUAUCUCUACUACUGCUCUUUGUGGACUUAGUGGAUUGUAAUUCACUAUUAAGGAAUUGAGACUCACUUUAUUAGAAUGUUUUUUUGUUUACUCUUGUAAUACAAUUUUACUUUUAGUUUUGCAGUAGAGAUUUUACAAGAAAAAAAAAAGCUUAUAGCCUUUAGUAAAGCACAAUUUAUUUACGAGGAACAGACAUGUUUGGCUAUUGUUUAACAGCAGAAGAGACCAUAACAUUUUCCUCUCAAACCCAUUAAUGAGAAAAAGUAAUUUCUACAUAAUGAGAAAGUCUUUGUUAGUUCCCCUUUAAAACUCAUGUUAGCACUUUCACCAGUCAUUGUCUAUUUUUAAAGUUGUGAUACGGUACAUUGUAAGCUCUUUUCAGGUUCUCUGCCUGAAAGAUGACAAUUACUACCUGCUCUUGUUGGAUCAGUUUGGUUCUGCUUUGUACCUUGCAAAAUAAAUACACGUUAACAUUU